AUGGCGCUUCGGCUGCCACUUCAGGCCGCGCGGCCUGGCUGCGCUUCGAAGCUUCGGCCGGCCAAGGCUUUGCUUGCGGUCGACCCCUCCAGAGGCAGCUUGGCGCGGCAAGGCCGGCGAAUAGCGGCGUGCUCUACCGUGUGCGGCCUGGUCUGGUCAGCGAGAGCACGCAGGGUGCUGCGAGCCAAGAAGAAGCGGCAAGAGACGCCGUAUGACCCCAUCGUGGAGUACCGGCGAGUGCAAGAAGAUCCGAUUGGAUCUUGGGGCUUCCUGGAGGACGACGAGUUCGCGAAGAAAAUGCUGGGCUUCUCUUCCGUAAGCUUCCUGAUCUCGCUGGUGCUCAGCACCACCGUGUUCCCGGUGUCAAACGAGGAGGGGAUCCUGCUGCCCAAUAUGGCGGCGGCCUUUUGCUACGCGCUGGGCCUCGGCAUGGCGACGACCUUUGUGCUGCUGCUGCGGGUCAGUAGCUUUGUGGACCCCCUGAACAAGAACCUCAAGGCCCGGUCCUUCAUCGUAGAGGACCGCCGGGACCCCAACACCCGCCGCGCCUUCUCCCCUGGAGACGGGGGUUUCUACAGCGAGCGGGUCCAAAAGAGCACAGACGAGAUCCAGCGGGACAAGCUUCUGGGAGAGUACCAGACCGGACCGGCCAUGGCAAGGUUACGCAAGUACCUGCUGGGCGCCUUUGGCUUGUCGGUGCUGGGCUGGGUCUCCGGCAGCUUCACGGGAGGCGAGAUGGGCAUCCGCGAGGACGCGGACGAGGAGUUCGCCUGCGGAUCUCGCUGCAUCCCUGGCUUGAUGACGGACGACACCCGCAUCCAGCGGAACGGCUACCGACUCUUCGAGCGCUGA